AUAUAUAUAACACUCUAGGGCCAGAACUACUUAUCUCAGGAAUUAUGGAAAAAGGAGUGAAAAAAGGAACUUAAAAUAUAAUGUAUAUUUUUGUAAAAUAUUUUAUCUAAAUGUUUUAUAUAAUAUACAACAGUUAAUCAAGUAAUGGUAAUGUAGGCCUCUGUACACUCCUCUUCACUCCUCUGUUACCCAUGUACACUCCUCUACACCCCUCUGUCACCCAUGUACACUCCUCUACACCCCUCUGUCACCCAUGUACACUCCUCUACACCCAUCUGUCAUCCAUGUACACCCCUCUACACCCAUCUGUUACCCAUUUACACUCCUCUAAGCUUCUCCGUCACCCAUGUACACUCCUCUACACCCUUCUAUCACCUAUGUACACCCCUACACCCUUCUGUUAUCCAUGUAUACUACUCUGCGCUCCUCUGUCACCCACGUACACUCCUCUACACCCCCAACACCUCUCUGUCACCAAUGUACACAACUCUGUCACCCCCUACGCCCAUUUUCACCCAUUUACACCCAUCUAUCACUCAUAUACACUCCUCUAAACCACUCUGCCACCCAUGUGCACAUCUCUACACCCCCAACGCCCCUCUGUCACAUGUGUACACCCUUCUAUCACCCCGUACACCCCUCUUUCACCCCCUAUGUCCCCCUGUCACCCAUGUACACUACUCUAUGAUCCUCUGUCACCCAUGUACACUCCUCUACACCCCUCUGUCACCCAUGUACACUCCUCUACACCCCUCUGUCACCCAUGUACACUCCUCUACACCGCUCUGUCACCCAUGUACACCCCUCUACACCCAUCUGUUACCCAUUUGCACUCCUCUAAGCUCCUCCGUCACCCAUGUACACUCCUCUACACCCCUCUAUCACCAAUGUACACCCCUACACCCUUCUGUUAUCCAUGUAUACUACUCUGCGCUCCUCUGUCACCCACGUACACUUCUCUACACCCCAAACACCUCUCUGUCACCAAUGUUCACCACUCUGUCACCCCCUACGCCCCCUUUCACCCAUUUACACCCAUCUAUCACUCAUAUACACUUCUCUGAACUACUCUGCCACCUAUGUACACACCUCUACACCCCCAUCAUCCCUCUGUCACCUAUGUACACCCCUCUAUCACCCCGUACACCCCUCUUUCACCCCCUACGUCCCCCUGUCACCCAUGUACACUCCUCUGUUACCCAUGUACACUCCUCUACGCUCCUCUGUCACCCAUGUACACUCCUCUACACCCCUCUGACACAAAUGUACACUCCUCUACACUCCUCUGUUACCAUGUACACUCCCCUAUGCUCCCCUGUUACCCAUAUACACUCCUCUACACACCCAACACCUCUGUCACCCAUGUACUCCCCUCUGUCACCCCCUAGGCCCCCUGUCACCCAUGUAAAUCCAUCUAUCACCCAUGUACACUCCUCUAAACCACUCUGCCACCCAUGUACACUCCUCGACACUCCUGUUACCCAUGUUCACCUUUCUGCUACCUUUUUACUCGUCAACUUUGGAAUGUUCCUAAUCUCUUUACCUGAGAUAUGGUUGUGUUAUAUAUAAAGCUGUCCAUAGACGAUAUACUUAUAAAAAACACAUAUAUCUUCAUGUAUACGGGAAAGACUAUGACAUGUCUGCAGGUCUAGAUUUUACAUCUAGCCUGAUUGUUAUCAGUAAUUAAUAUAAAUAUUAAUUAC